AUGACCAGGGCUUCUUCCACGGACCGGCGUCACCGCCCAUCCCUUAUGGCUCCUUUUCUCAUAGGCGCCUGGUCCGUUCCCGGCAACCGGCUCCGGGGGCUUUUCUACCUUUCACGCCGUCAGUUGUCUUGCACGGCCAGGCCAUUCUUAAAGGCGGUCGUACGCAGAUACCAGUGGGCAGCCGCCUCCGCCGAUCCAUUCUUGCUCCUCCUGAUGUUCUUCGUUGCCAACUCUUUCGUGGGCUUCUUGCUGCUGAUGAAGCUGGGCCCAAAGCCGGGAAGGGUCGGGACUGGGGAUCUUGAUCUUUUCUUCACAGCAGUGUCGGCGGCAACGGUGUCGAGCAUGUCGACGACGCAGAUGGAGGCCUUCUCGAGGGGCCAGGUCUUUGUUCUGAUCCUCCUCAUGCUGACUGGCGGAGAGGGGUUCACGUCCUUGCUCCAUAAUCACCUUAUAAAGGCCAAGAUCACGAGAGAGAACAGAAAAGCUGACCCAGCAAUGAACAUAGGCGAAGACGUCAGUAUUUCUAUUGCCUUGGAGCUUCCCAUUUCAGGCCCGCCGGCGUCGCCAACAGUUGAAAUAGAGGAACAUUCGGACACGGAAUUGAGGUAUCAGUCCAUGAACCUCCUAAGCAUGGCAAUAUUCGGUUACGUUGUGGGGUCCAUUUCUCUGGGUUUUGCAGCUAUUGUUAUCUAUCUAGCUUUCUUCGCCGCCAGCGAAGCCCGAGAAGUUCUGACGAACAAGGGAAUCCACAUCGUGGACUUCUCCAUCUUCCUCUCCGUGUCUUCCUUCACAAACUGUGGAUUUGUCCUCACAAACGAGAACAUGCUUCCAUUUAGAAAAAGUUCCGGCCUCUUGUUAUUGAUCAUCCCCCUCAUCCUCGCCGGAAACUGUUUCUUCCCACCUGGCCUGAGGUCGGUGCUCUGGAGCUGGGGACGUCUAGUCAGGAAAAGACGAGAAACUCUCGACGACUUGCUGACCCGGAGAGACGGACGGCAUCUCGGCUUCGAUCAUUUGUUUGGGAAGCGCCGCUGCGUACACCUCGUCCUCACCACAGCGGCGUUGAUAGGCGUUCAAUUCAUCAUUUUUGUCUGCCUGGAGUGGGAUUCAGAUGUAUUGCGAGGCAGCGACCUGUCAACAUGGCAGAAGGCAGCGGCGGUGCUCUUCCAGUCAGUAAAUUCGAGGCACGCCGGGGAGUCCGUCUUUGAUAUGUCGGUAAUCUCGCCAGCGAUCUUGGUGCUCUACGUCGUAAUGAUGUGAGUUCACUCUAGUUCAUCUCCGAACCCUUCCUUCAGUGAAAUUAGCCUCAAAGAAUCAGAGGUCCAAUGGCUUCUUGGUUCACAGGUACCUCCCUCCAUACACAUCCGUCUCCCCGGAGGAGGAUGAGAUCUCAGUGGGCCAACGGAGAGGAGGACGGAGGAGCUCAGAUCUGCUGCUAUCUGAAACCCUGAUCUUGUCGCAUCUCGGGUACAUUGCCAUCUUCGUCAUGGCGGUGUGCGUCACCGAGAGGACGAAGUUUGUUCAGGAUGCCCUAAACUUCAACGUCUUUAACAUCGCCUUCGAAGUGGUCAGGUCUGCUAUUCAUCUGCCUCGGGAAUUUUCACUUUUCUCCCCGGAUCCAACUAGAAAAGGUUAUCUAGCCAUGACAGGCACUCUAAAAAGCCAUUUUUUAGGGCCAGCCGACUGGCCCCUUUCUCUAAGGGUGCCUUGGGCCAUCUAGCCUGGCGUUAAACAAGCUCGAGAGUCAAUUUCCAGGCCGGGCUACAGGCCCGUACAUGGCUAGGCUUAACCCAUUUUGGCCCAGUUAAUUAGAUUUGUCUCUUUGCUCAGAAUUUUACAUAUGGGGAUAUUUCAAAUAGGCUAAAGCGAAAUUUCUUCGGGUCAAGAUGGACAGAACGGAAUUUGGCUUCUUGCUUUCCGGCCCCCAAGAUUUGACUUCUGAAUCCUUAAAUAGAUGGUAACCGACGCGUGUCGGCGGCUGUGUUUGCAUGUGCAGCGCGUAUGGAAAUGUUGGGUUGUCGAUGGGGUACAGCUGCGGCCGGCGGCUGAAGGAAGACGGAAGCUGCAAGGAUGAGUGGUACGGGUUCGCCGGCCGGUGGAGCGACGGCGGAAAGAUGGUCCUCAUUGGCGUGAUGCUCGUCGGAAGGUUGAAGAGGUUUAACAAGAGAGGAGGGAGUGCCUGGAAGCUCACAUAG